UUGGAUGUCAAAGUUCGAUUUCUUCUUAAUCAAAUAUUGGAUGUGGUAGGUUUUUUUGAGAAAAAAAAAUAUUUUUGAAUAGAAAAACACAUUUUUGCAGCAAGAAAAAUCGCAAGCUAUGUCAAUUUUAGCCUAUAUGGAUUAUGUAAGAUUUUUUUUUUGAAAAUUUUGAGACCAAACAUUAAUUACAGCAUUGGACAGAUUACAAACUCAAAUGGGAUCCGAAAAACUUCGGUGGGAUAAAAAAUGUGCGUUUUCACGGCGACAAAGAUGCUCCAUUCAAACUAUGGCGACCUGAUAUUCUACUUUUCAACAGUGUUUCCGAAUCUUUUGACUCCACAUAUUCAUCUCGAUUCAUAAUUUCAUAUGAUGGUGAAAUUCAGCAGAAUCCUCCAGGCAUUUUCAGAUUUAUUUGUCAGGUUUGGUAAAACAAUGUUGGCUCUGGCAUGAAAUUAAUGUGAUUACAGAUUGAUGUAACUUAUUAUCCCUUUGACAAGCAAACGUGUUUUUUGAAAUUGGGAAGUUGGACAUAUAAUGGAAAUUAUAUUAAUUUAGAUUUUCUAUUACAAGAUAUAAAGGGUAGGUGAACCACAAGUGGGCAUGGGGGCUGAAAAUUAUAAUGCUGGGGAUUUUUUUAGGUUUAAAUGGAGAUUGGAUAACUGUCGAACCUGAAAGAACAACAAACACUUCAGCCAGUUAUUUUGUAAAUGAAUCAAUCGAUCUCCAAGUUUACCUGCAAAAUGGUGAAUGGGAUUUGGAAGGAACUCCCGGAAAACGAGUUGUUCAGGCGUUUGGAACAGAUGAAUAUCAUGAAUUAUAUUUUUAUAUUCAUAUAAGAAGAAGGACUUUGGCAUAUGGUGAGAAAUAAAAAAAAUGUAUUUUUGAAUUCAAAAAGUUUUUCUUCAGGAAUUAAUUUGAUAAUCCCAUCGUUGGUUAUUUCAAUGAUGACGAUUCUUGGUUUUACAUUACCUCCGGAUGCUUGCGAAAAAGUGACACUAGAAACUACCGUACUCCUAUCAGUUAUUAUGUUUUUACAAAUGGUUUCGAAUAUGAGCCCACCACAAUCACAAUCUGUUCCGAUUUUGAGUAAGGUCUCUAGAAAACUUGUGAAUAUUUUAUUUUUCAGCCGCGUUUUUCUCAUGUUGUCUGAUGUUAGUUGCACUAUCUUGUGUUUUCACAGUCCUCACAUUAUCUCUUCAUCAUAGAAAACCAGAAACGCAUGAAAUGAGCGAUCUUGUGAGUUUGUUUUGAAAUAUUUUCAUAAAUUUGGAUUUUUUUCAGAUGCGCAAUAUUUUUAUUGUUUGGUUGCCUUAUGCACUUUUUAUGAGAAAACCGGAUCAUCCGAAAACUCCAAAGCCAAAGGUUUGAGCUUUGAGAUUAAACAUGAAAAAUAUGUCGAUUUUGAUCUGUUGAGAACUUUGAAUGUUAAUUUUCAGAAACACUUUUUUUCACUAAAAUACAGUAAAAGUUGGAAUAGUUUCCUUGAUUCAAAAAUUGAAUUUCAAUUUUAGGUAAUUGACAAAUCGAUAAUUCCAAUCCAUAGAUUAUCAACAUUUAUGCCAAUGUUGAAUUUACCGCGACCAUCACAAACAAGUUUGGAAAAUAAUGUUAAAGUCAAAUAUAAUUUUUGUGAGUCAAUUAUAGAAUUAUAGUUUCAGGAUCACCUAAUUCUCCAGAAUUUCAGACAAAAAUGUGCCAAUCAUCGAAAAUAUCACAAAAUUUUGCGAGGAGCUGAAAUUCUUGGAUAAGGAGAUCGGAAAAAUGGUGCAGAAAAUGAAUGAUGAUUUGAAAGAUGAACUUGUAUGGCUUUUCCAGAAUCCCCUUCUUAUUCAAUUUGUUGUUUUUUUUUUGCAGAAUCGAUCUGAAUGGCGUUUUGCUGCAAUGGCUGUUGAUAGAUUAUGUCUUUAUUUAUUCACUGCUUUUAUUUCAACAACAACUUGCGGUUUGAUUGUUCCUCAUAUUUUGGCUAAUAUUGAAAAUUCAUGA